UAUGGAUGUAGGUUGGGGUUGAAAAGGCCGGCCUCCCGGCGCAAUUGUAUUCUCAACCAACACCAACAUCAACAACGGAAAAGAAAGGAAGAAAAAACGUAAAAGGAGAAAAAAAAAGAAGAAACAAAUAAAUCAGCUGUCUUACCUAUUUCCCUGUUGGUCGCACUCUGUUGCAAGCUUCCGCUCCUCGGAAGCCCGUACCCCACCAUCCCACCAUCGAGUCCGGGCCUGUGGCUCAACCGGUCGGUCCGUGAUCAUUUGACCUUUGCAUUCUCCCAUCUCGUCAGGACGAAAAUCCCAACUUCUUGACACUUCAGCAAGAAAACGACGUCGAUGGGCGAAUUUCUUCCGAGCCUGGAAUUGCCCCCCGAGGCCGUCAAGAACCACGCGAUGGAGAAGAUCACGGACAAGAUCGCUGCCCUGCCCGCGGGGCAGCACUACUUCUCGCUCGAGUUCUUCCCCCCCAAGACCGCCAUGGGCUUCUCCAACCUCCGCGGCCGCCUCGACCGCAUGGCAAGGGCACUGCGCCCCCUCUUCGUCAACGUCACCUGGGGCGCGGGGGGCUCGACGGCGGUCAAGUCGCUCGAGCUGGCCGAGAUUUGCCAGCGGGAGCUGGGCCUCACCACAUGUCUCCAUCUCACUUGCACCAACAUGAGCCGCCGCCUGAUCGACAAGGCUCUCGACGACGCGAAAGCCCUCGGGAUCCGCAACAUCCUCGCGCUUAGGGGAGACCCGCCCAGGAGGGCCGAAUACCUCGACGUCAGCGAGCCGGAGCCGGACGAAGAGGAGGAGUUCUCGUGGGCCGUGGACCUUGUCCGCUACAUCCGCAAGAUGCACGGCGAUUACUUCUGCAUCGGCGUCGCGGCAUAUCCGGAGGGCCACGCGGACGAGAGCCACCCCCUGGGGCAGAGCCUGGAGCACGACCUUCCGUACCUGGUCGAGAAGACCCGGGCCGGCGCCGACUUCAUCAUGACCCAGCUCUUCUUCGACAUCGAGGCGUACAAGCACUUCGAGAAGACGUUGCGCGAGCAUCCGAGCGGGGCCUUCAAGGACAUACCCAUCAUCCCGGGCCUCAUGCCCAUCCAGAGCUACCAGAUGAUCAAGCGGACGACCAAGCUCAGCCACGCCAAGAUCCCGGAACCGCUGAUGGCCCGGUUGGACGCGGUCAGGAACGACGACGAGAAGGUGAAGGAGGUCGGCGUGGACAUCGUCAGCGAGCUCGUCGAGCAGAUCAAGGAGAUCAAGAGCAGGACCGGGGGCCCGAGGGGCUUCCACUUCUACACGCUCAACCUCGAGAAGGCCGUCUCCUUCAUCGUCGAGCGGACCGGCCUCAUCGCCCCGCUCACCCCGGAGGAGGCGGAGGGUGCGGCCGUCGACCGGAACCCCCUCCCGGACGUGCGGUUCCUCCGCAUCAACGGGCUCACGCCGGAACAGUCAUCGCACGAUCAUCCCCACCUGAGGCGGAAACCCUCCGUCGGCUCGGACCCGCGCGACCGGGUCAUCGUGCAGGAGCGGUCGGCCUCCCACCCGGACUGGGAGGCCACCCCGCUCGAGGCCAGCGUGCCGGCGGAGCCCAUCAACUCGCGCGCCAACACGCUCGCCAUCUCGGAGGGCGAGGGCGUGCUCGGGCGCGAGGCCACGUGGGACGACUUCCCCAACGGCCGCUGGGGCGACGCCCGCUCGCCCGCCUACGGGCAGAUCGACGGCUACGGCGUCAGCCUGCACGUCACGGUCGCCCAGGCGCGGCAGCUCUGGGGCGCGCCGGCGACGCCCCGCGACGUCAGCGACAUCUUCAUCCGCCACCUCCGCGGCGAGCUGCCGACCAUUCCCUGGAGCGAGGAGAGCUUCAGCCCCGAGACGGACAAGAUCCGCGACCGCCUGGUCGCGCUCAACUCCAAGGGCUGGUGGACCCUCGCCUCCCAGCCGGCCGUCAACGGCCUGCGCUCGAGCGACCCCGUCUUCGGCUGGGGUCCCCAGAACGGGUUCGUCUUCCAGAAGGCCUUUGUCGAGUUCUUCCUGCCGUCCAAGGACUGGGAGGUGCUCGAGCAGAAGCUGAAGCGGCCCGAGAUGAAGAACGCCGUCUGCUUCUACGCCACCAACGCCAGGGGCGACUUUGUCAGCUCCGACACGGUGCUGCCCCCACCACCACCGCCGACGGCCGCCGCCCCCGCGGAGCAGCGCGAGGCGAGCACCAACGCGGUGACGUGGGGCGUGUUCCCGGGCAAGGAGAUCGUCACGCCGACCAUCAUCGAGGAGGUCAGCUUCCGCGCGUGGAGCGAGGAGGCCUUUGGGAUCUGGCGCGAGUGGGCCAAGAUCUACCCGAGGGGUUCGGACAGCGAGCGGUUCCUGGAGGCCGUCAGGGCGGACACCUGGCUGGUGAACAUCAUCCACCAUGAUUAUGUCGACCCGGAUGCGUUGUGGGAUUUCUUGCUCGGCUGACUCCGGUAGGGCUGGGUUUUACCGGUAUACGGAUUACGAGGGUGGCUAUUUUAUUAGCGCAGUGAUGGAGGCAGGCACAAAAGCACGGUAGCAGUGCUUGAUAGAUUAUAUAAGGUCAUGGCAGCUGUUGCGUUCAGCAAGUUGAACUAUGGACUGCGCGGAAUGGAUAGGUAACAGCGCGUUGGUGGAGGAAACAAUUGUGAGGCUGUUUUACUCAUCACCAAAUUCACGGCCGCUUUGGCACAUACAGAAUGAACGUGGGUGAGCAUAUUUCACCCAUUCCUGGUGAACUUCCGCGUUCCUGAAGCACGGCCGGAGGUUAUGAGAUGGAG